AUGCCAUUAGUUUCUUUAUUUGAUCGAGCUUUACCAACUUCAUCCUCAUUUAAACAAUCAAAUAAUAUUCAUACAGAACAGCCUAGUAUUCUUUCCUAUUCAUCAAAUGGCAAUAAUGCUGCCAAGGAGAAUGGCUGUGAAUCGUCUUUUAUCAAGCAGCAGCAUCAUCAGCAACAUCAUCAUCAUCAUCAUCAACAUAUAAGUGCCUCUUUAGAUGCUAUUGAUCGUACAUUGACCGAUUUUUCAAAUAAUACUAACAACAAUAACAACAACAACAGUUCAUCAAUGAGUGCAGCAACAGCAUCGCGUUCACCUUUUCAAUCACAUGGUGUCGUAGACGAAUCAUAUUGUUCACCAUGGGAUUUAAAAACACAAGAAGAAAAAUUUAAAUUACUUAGUGAACAACGAUCAACAUCAACAUCAAAUACAAUUACAGCACUAACUGAUGCUCUACUUCAUCCAUCGAAUACUAACAGUCGUUCAACAUCUUUAUCUUAUACAUCUAAUAAUAAUAAUAACAGCAAUCCAUUUCAUCGAACUCGUUCAGCACGUACAUCAUCAUCUACAAAAAAAUCAUUUACACUUCGUGAACCUUCACCACCUUCACUUCCUCCAUUACCACCAGGUGGGUUAAUGCCAACAGCAACUAAUAUCGCAUGUCAAUGUGGCACUAGUAAUAAUAAUCUUAAUAAUAAUAAUAAUGCUCGAAAUCGAUCCUUUAAUAUUAAUAAUAAUAACAACAACAAUAAUAACAAUAACAAUAAUUUAAUUGUUGAAAAUCUUGAUCCUUCUCUGAAAAAAAUUUCUUAUUGUCUCAAUGCACAUAUUGUUCGUUCGGGUACAGAUACAUCACGCAGUUUUGUUUUUGCAACAUCAUCACCGUCAAAUGAACGUUCACAAAGAGUCAAUACAGCACCAGCUAAAGUUGAUCUAUCACAUCUUCUAGAAAAUCGACAAGAAUCAACAAAUAUUACUUCACAUAGUAGUACAAUCUCGUCAUUAUCAACAACAUCAUCAUCAACUGAAUCACCAUUGAUAACAGAUGAUACUAAACCUAUGUCAUUUGAAGCUGCAUUACAAAGAUUUAAACGUUUAAGUUCAUCAACUCGAUGUAGUAAUACUAGUGUUUCAGCAUCAUCUCUACCUAAAACACAAUUGAUAACUAAUCAAGAAUCACCAAUAGCAUAUGAACGACCAUGGGAUACUUUACAAACAUCGCUUAUCAAUAGUCUUUCAUCUCCCCCGUUAUCAACAUCUAAUCGUAAUGGAAAUUCAUUACAAAAGAUGCCAAGUACAGAAGAAUCAAAACAACAUUGUACACCACCAUUUCCUAUGGUUUCUCCUACGAUUAGUACUUGUCGACAUAGCACAUGUUCACCAGACGAUAAAAAUAAUAUUAGUAGUACAAACAUCGGAGAAAUCAACAAGAUAAACAAUCGUAACUUCGUUCCAUUAACAUCGGAUAUUGAGACAACAAUUCCAAUUGAUCGUUAUUUGUGGUAUCAUUAUGCAAUGUCACGACGAACAGCUGAAAGUAUUUUACAAACACGUCCACCUGGUAGUUUUAUUGUACGUCAAAGUGAAAGUGGAAAUCAAAAUGAUUAUUCACUAUCUAUUAGAACUACAAAAAGUUGUAUGCAUAUGCGAAUAUGUUAUACAGCAGGUGUUUAUAUUCUUGGAGAAUGUUCAAGACCAUUUCCAAGUGUUUCACGUAUGAUUGAAUAUUUUAGUCAAACAUGUGUACCUAUACGCGGUGCGGCACCUAUUAAAUUAGGUACACCUGUAUUUCGAUGUGAAACAUUAUCAUCAUCAUCACCACCUAAUAAUCAUCAUUUUAAUGAUGAAGAUGAAGAACUUUUGUAA